CACACACACACACACACACACACACACACACACACACACACACACACACACACACACACACACACUUCAAUGCGUUCAUCUAUUACGCAGGACCUGUUCUGCUCCGGAGCGCACGAGCGCGACUGGUAUUUCUCUGAUCCGUGUGCAUAUUUGGACUGACCUUGUGUGUGUGUGUGUGUGUGUGUGUGUGUGUGUGUGUGUGUGUGUGUGUGUGUGUGUGUGCAGUGAGAGAGAGAGAGAGAGAGAGAGAGAGAGAGAGAGAGAGAGAGAGAGAGAGAGAGAGAUGCGUUGUGUGAGCUGAUCAGCUCGGCUGCACCACUGUAACCGUAUUGGAGACGGAUCCGCGCACCACGAUGAGCACCGCGUUUCAGCAGCAGGCCGUAUCCGGUGUCCUGGAGCGGCAGCAGUCCAGGCCUCAGACCCAGAGCAGCUCGAUCCUGUGCCAGAACUGUGGCCAGGCCUGUAAGGGGGAAGUGCUGCGGGUUCAGAACAUACACUUUCACAUCAAGUGCUUCGUCUGCAAAGUAUGUGGCUGUGAUCUGGCUCAGGGAGGCUUCUUUGUGCGGCAGGGUGACUACAUCUGCACUCAGGACUACCAGCGACUCUAUGGCACACGCUGCUUCAGCUGUGAGCAGUUCAUCGAGGGAGAGGUGGUGUCUGCUCUUGGAAAGACCUAUCACCCACGAUGCUUUGUGUGUGCUGUUUGCAAACAGCCAUUUCCAGCAGGCGACCGUGUGACGUUUAACGGGAAAGAGUGCAUCUGUCAGAAAUGCACUCAGCCUUUGUCUGCCAACAGCUCCGCACCCGCACAGGCUGUCCACAAUUGCUGUGGCUGUGGAAAGGAGUUUAAAAACGAACAGUCUCUGGUGGCACUGGAGAAACACUGGCAUUUGGGCUGCUUCAAGUGCAAAGUGUGCAACAAAGUGCUCAAUGCCGAAUACAUUAGCAAGGAUGGAAUUCCAUACUGCGAGAUGGACUAUCACGCCAUGUUCGGGAUCCAGUGUGAGAACUGCAAGGAGUAUAUCACAGGGAAAGUUCUGGAGGCUGGAGAUAAACAGUACCAUCCCACAUGUGCCAGAUGUGUGCGCUGUGAGCAGAUGUUUGGAGAAGGGGAGGAGAUGUACCUGCAAGGUUCUUCCAUCUGGCACCCUACAUGCAGACAGGCAGCUCGAAUGGAGGAGAAAAGUAAGAAACAGGUGCGGAUUCAGCUCAAUGACAGGAUUCUGAAUGUCCCCGAGCAGGUGACCAGGACUUCCUCUGAGAGCAUCACAUCAGUUCCUGCCUCCAGUGCGUCUGGAUCUCCAAGCAGAGUUAUCUAUGCAAAGCUGGGAGACGAGUUCCUGGAUUAUAAAGAUCUCGCAGCUCUACCGAAGAUAAAGGCCAUCUAUAACAUCGACAGACCUGACAUGCUGUCGUACUCACCUUAUGUCAGCUACCCGACAGAGGACAGGACCUAUGUAGAGUCCCCGCAGUUCCUCACUCCAACUCCGACUGAGGGUGAUGGGGAUAAAUCACCGCGUCAGCGACGGCCCUCCAGCCCCAGCUCGAACAGUUCUCUGGGUGGUUACGGUCGCUACACGCCGUCCCGCUCGCCUCAAACCUACAGCAGACAAGAACGAUAUGAGACCCCUAGGUUCACUCCCCAACCUGGGAACUCCAGGGUUGGUCGAUAUUCCGGCCAGGGUAUUCCCAGAGACUCCUCCUCUCUGCCCUUGUACUGCAGUAGUGGAGGUAGAAAUACCCCACAGACUCCUUUCCUGAACCCCACCACCCUGGCCAUGCUCCAACAACACAACUAUAUCCCAUACUUCAGAGGUAGCGAAAGUGGUCGUAGUACCCCGAGCCUCUCCACCUACUCCGACGGCAAAUCUCCGUCCUCCUCCUACGUGGCUGCACCUAAGCAUUUCCACAUCCCAGAUAAUAAAGCCAAAGAUAAUAUCUAUAGAAAACCCCCUAUCUACAAACAGCAUGCAUCCAGAACUUCCUGGCAAGACGGAGAUGAUGUGGACAGGAAGACCAGGAUGAGUUGGACGCUUCUAAAGAGUGAGAGUGAUGGACAGUCCCCGGACAUGGACCCCAGGACGUCCACACACAGCCUGCCCACAGACAUGUCUCAGCCCAAUUUCCCCUACAACAAGUCUGCUUCACUCCCAGGCUACGGACAUAAUGGCAUCUACAAGGCAGCCGAUCUCGGAGAGGAUGAACACGACUCCACCUGGGGUGCGAUGAGAGAGUACAAGGUGUAUCCGUACGACAUGCUGGCGGUGACACACAGAGUCAGAGUGAAGCUGCCACGUGAUAUAGACCGCACCAGGCUGGAGAGACACCUGUCUCCAGAAGAGUUCUUCCAGGUGUUCGGGAUGACCAUCGCGCAGUUCGACCGCUUGGCUCUGUGGAAGAAAAACGAUCUGAAGAAAAAAGCUUGCUUGUUCUAACCACCACCACCACGUCCUCCAACACCAUCGACUCCACCACGAUGACUCCGCCCCUGAGCGAACCGAGAAAGAAGAUAGACGGGGAGUUUCUCUUCGAUCCGUCUACGUAUAUAUGCAGAGAUGAGAGAGAGUGAAAUAUAUAAAUCUAUAAUAUAAAAUAUAUCUACGUUCAUCUCCAUGUACGCGCUUCCAUUCCACUGCGCCACGUUCGAUGGAGGAGUGUGUUCUAUACGCCGUCACGUCGCGGCCUCAGUGUUAGCCAUGCUCGCUUCUUUCUGUGCGAAUGCCAUGUUAUAUCUGUUGUGAUGGAGAAAGAUCAUGAUCCCUGAUCUCUCGCACAGUUCAGAUAACCGCAAUAAGGGUCUAUACACUGUGUGUGUGUGUGUGUGUCUGUAGGUGUGUGUGGUUGCUAUAGAAAUCGCUUCAUGCCCGUUUUAUCCAGUCCUCAUCGUACAUUUUUUCUCUUCAUUUUCCUGCCACAAUCGUUACAGAAUUAUCUAACGGGAAUAAUUUCAGACGAUCGACUGAUGAAAUCCGCCGUAUUUCCAGAUAAACUUAAGAAAGAAGCCUUGCCUCUUAUUCAUUUCCCUUCUUUUUUUUAACUGAACUUCAGUAAAUGCUGAUUAACACACGCAGUCAUACGAGUUUUAAUAUAUUUUCCCAGUUUGUCUUGUAAUUCUAGCUUAAGUCUAUUUAUCGGACGUUAGUUAAAGGUGCGGUCUCCGUCGUUUGAGAAACGCUUCAGAAAACUGAAUCGGGCCGCCAAACAAAACAAAAACAAAACAAACGUGUAGCCAAUGAGCAGAAAGGGGCGUGUCUUGUCGAUAUGUGGCGGAGAGAGCGUUCAGAGAGAAUCAAUCAAUACACUUACUUGUGUUACUGCAAGUCUUUGUGCCUGAAACACGCGCACAAGCUCGAAGUCUUCUUUUUUCUAUGUUAUCGGCAGCGACGGUACACUAACAUUAGCUCUGCCUCGGGUUCUAGGUGUCGACCGUCUCUUUCCGCGUGAAACAGAGUUAAACCUUCCAUGGUAAAACACACAGUACUACUGUUACAAAAAUAUACCCUAGGUCAGCUGCCCCAACAGGUUCCGCCAUAAUACUUGCCUAGGUUAUACUUGGGUUAUACUUGUCUGGUGUAUGUGUGUGGGCGGAGCUAUCAAAACAGAGGUGGGACCCAUUUAGGUUAGGGGCGUGUUUGUUUUGGUGAUUUUAAAUGUCAACAUUGGCUUUCAAACAACGGAGACCCCACCUUUAACAUCCAGUUAGUUAAACUUGAAUACAGUUCUCUAGAAUUAGAAAGAAAGGAUUAAAGGUGAACUGAAGAAUGUCUCUCUGAAUUGGUUUUUAGUUUGUUUUGAGGAAAAAAAAAAUUCUGAUCCGGAUCUUAGGAUCCUCACCUUCCUUCUCCUGGAUCCUCAGUAAAAUCUCACACAAAUUAUUUCCUUUUAUUUGAGUUGUAGUGAGAAAUGAUUAAAUAAGUGGCGUCACUUUUAUUAAAGUGUCAACUGGGAUAAAAAACAACAAAACUUUGGACAUGUAGCAUAAACUCAGAAGCCGCCAAUUCCUGUUGCCUUCGACUCGACGAUCCUGACUCGCCGUCUAUUUUCUGACCUCCGACCUGUAAAAGCCAAAGGAAACGCCGUUUAUCUGCUCAUCCACUCGCGGUCGUCUUCUCGACGGCGAUCAAAGCUGCACUCGAAGUCUAACCUUUAAAUCAAUCGACAUACUCGCGUGUUAGUUAGCUGGCUAGCUUGUUAGCUAACAGAAAUAAAAAGAAAUCUGACUUCAUAACAUCCUGUAAAUGACCACUGACAAGGAGAAUCGAAUGCCUCGUCUCAGCACAGAUGUCCGUUUUAUUAUUAGCCACAAAACCUACAAAACUCCAUAAAAGCUCCCAGAGAGCUGAAAAUGGCGGCUACGUGAUGACGGACAUGAUGAAAAUGCUGCGUGCGUUAAAUCUUAAAAAAAACACUGGUUUGUUUUUCCGUGAAGGAGGAAUAAAGAAAGGCACAAAGGACACCAGAAAAUUAAUUAAUAAAUACACUGGUUUUACUGACGGUUUAAUGGUGGUGACUAUAUGUGACUCCUCCUCCACCUCUCUGACUCCUUUUCCUUCAUGUCUGUGACUCCUCCUUCUUCACGUCUCUGACUCCUCCUUCUUCACCUCUGUGACUCCUCCUUCACCUCUCUGACUCCUCCUUCUUCACCUCUGUGACUCCUCCUUCACCCAUGGGACUCCUCCUUCACCUCUCUGUCUCCUUCUCCUUCACCUCUCUGACUCCUCCUUCUUCACCUCGGUGACUCCUCCUCCUUCACCUAUGGGACUCCUCCUUCACCUCUCUGUCUCCUUCUCCUUCACCUCUCUGACUCCUCCUUCUUCACCUCGGUGACUCCUCCUCCUUCACCUAUGGGACUCCUCCUUCACCUCUCUGUCUCCUUCUCCUUCACCUCUCUGACUCCUCCUCCUUCACCUCUCUGACUCCUCCUCCUUUACCUCUGGGACUCCUCCUUCAUCUCUGUGACUCCUCCUCCUUCACCAAUGUGACUCCUCCUUCACCUCUCUGACUCCUCCUCUUCAUGUUCUGGGACUCCUCCUCUUCCUGUUCUGUGACUCCUCCUCUUCCCCGUGAUACCUCCUCUUUUACAUCUGGGACUCCUCCUUCUUUACCUCUUGGACUCCUCCUCCUUCACCUCUGGGACUCCUCCUCUUUUACGUCUGGGACUCCUCCUCCUUUACCUCUUAGACUCCUCCUCCUUUACCUCUGGGACUCCUCCUCCUUCACCUCUGGGACUCCUCCUCCUUCACCUCUGGGACUCCUCCUCCCGUUAGAUAUUCAUCACACUAACUGACGUGUAUUAGCUGCUUACAAGCAUAAGUUCAGUGACUCAGACAUCAUCUAACAAUGCACUUUCUUUCUUUUGCUCUUUCUUUCUUUCCUCCACCCCAUCCUCCCUCUCUUCUGUCCCUCUUUCUGUCUUUCUUUCCUUCCUCCCUACCAUGUUUCUUUCCUUCCUUUCUUCCUUCCUGUUCCAGUAGCUUCACUGCGAGAUUGUGAUGUACGAGAUUGUGAGUUAGACGGACGCAUCAAUAAGCUAAACACUGCAGCUUUUCUUUUCUUUCUUUGCAUUAUGUCAGAUCGGAUUUAUUCUCUAACGUUCGCUUCACACGUGAGGAAUGUUUUUUACUCUCUUAUUGCUGCAAAACUCCUUGAACUUCAUCAUGGGAGAAAGAGACACGCCAUGUUUACCUUCCACUGUAGCUUUACAACAUUUUUAUAUAAAUAAAUUAAUUAAUAGAUAAGUCUAUAAACCAAUAAGCAUUUGAGACGCGGUUCAUGAUUCGUCCUCUGUUUCCGAUUCAAUCUGUGUAUGUGCAAUAUGAAAAUAUCUAACUUAGAGCAUGAGAUGCUGAUGAAUUGACAUGAAAUUAUAACAAGUUCAGACUGUGUUGUUCUCACGCAUCCUUUCGUACCUGGGUGGUUAAUUUCGCUUUAAAUUCAUUUACGAAUCUGGUUUACGACAAAGCCUUAAGCGGGUGUGAAACGAGGGACUGUUUAAUACGAUCUCUAAUAAUCUUUCCAAAAAUGCAUGAGCGUUUAUGUCAAAAUAAAUGGCAAACUGUAGCUUGCAUUCUAUCAAAUGCCUUUGUGGUUAAGUUUAAAUCCUGUAAAGACGGAUCGUCUUUUAAAGGUGCGGUUUGUCGUGUUGUAAGAAAUGUGUCUGGACCUGUAAUCAUCAUAUUUCUUUAGAGCUAACGUUAGCAAAAAAUAACAUUUGCAAUAGUAUCUUUUAAAAACGAUCUCGGCUUUCGAGGCUUUUUUCAAGACUAGUGUUUCUUUUCUUCUGACCCUGAAAUUAGCUGGUUGAAUUAGAUGUACUUCUCAGCCACGCCCCUUUUUGCCCUUAAAAGGCAGUUUGCGAGGGGCAUUUUAAUUUAACAUUUUUAAUUAACAUAGCUGGCCAAGUGUUUUAAAAAUAGAUAAUAAUGAUUACUUAUUAUUAUUAUUAUUAUUAUUAUUAUUAUUAUUAUUAUUAUUAUUAUUAUUAUUUUGCUCUUUUAACUUUUUUCGUCCCUGAAAUAAGACCCGAACCAGUACUUUGUGCCUCUUUUUUCAUAAAAGGCAGUUCACCACUCAAGCAGCAGAGGGCUCUGAAUAUUACAGACUGCUCCUUUAAAUCGUUCAAUAUCCUCAUCUAGACUUUUUAAUAUAUUUUACUGCAAAGCAAUAGAAUAAGUCAUGUCAUGUUUGUGUAACGUUGUGAGUGAAUACACAAUACUUUUUGGCAAAAAAUAUGUUUUUGAGUGACAUCGAUUUUUGAUUUAAUUUUUAUUUUAAUAAUAUCUAUCCUCCUCAUCUGUCAUGUCAUGGCCAAAUGUUUUCUCUAACAGGGUAGGGCGUAUAUAUUUUUGUCAUUUUUGUGAAUACAUUUGUGCAGGAAAGGUUCCAUGAUGGACCGUUCUGUGUUGGGUUGCAUGGAAAGUUUGCUUUAUUUGAACAUCUGUUGGAGUUUUGUGUGUGUGUGUGUGUGUGUGUGUGUGUGUGUGUGUGUGUGUGUGUGUGUGUGUGUGUGUGUUUGCGCAAGUCACAUCAGGCCAGAUUAGUCAAAUACAGAUGUUCAGUCUGCUUCUCUGUCUCUUUACUCUUGAUAAAACAGAGAAAAGGUGAAAAUCAGGACCCAGAAGUUUUUAUGAUAAUCUGUUUUAUUUGGACUGUGUGAAUGUAAAAUUUUGGCUCAGAGCCCUACAAAUAAACAGUGUCACUGAAAGCAGAGGAGCCACAUUACUGAUUAUGAUUCAUAUUUUUUGUGCUGAUUGAAAUUAUCCAGAUUUUUUCUUUUUCUUUUUUUCCCCCUUCCUUUUUGUUUUUUUCUGGUUUAUAAACAUGUCUUUGUGUUGGUUUACACAAUGAAUGUAACAUGAAAGCUCCAGACACUGAGAUGCCAAUCAGACAAUUCGGAAUUGUGUGUGUGUGUGUGUGUGUGUGUGUGUGUGUGUGUGUGUGUGUGUGUGUGUGUGUGUGUGUGUGUGUGUUGUGUUUGUUUGUUUGAUGAACUAACAAUUGCAUAACCACAGAUACGUCGUUAGGCCAAUGCUGUGAUUUUGAUGUGGUUGUUGCUGUGCAGCAGGUUGAGAAAUAUUAAGGUUUAAUACAAUAUUGUUACAGGAACCUUUAUAUUGUUCUUUUUCUUUUCAUUUGCUUUGCUGGACUGAAUUAAAAUAAACUAAUGUUCAUCUUUCAAUAAAUGUGUUAUACAGCUGGA